UCUGGCCUGGGGCCUCGCACGCAGCGGGAAGGAUGCAGCAUCCCCUGGACCUGGGAGCCGGGCAUUAUUUCCCCGCGGAAGCCUUUCCUGACCACCGCUCGCAUCGCUACCGGAGUUUUAUGAUCGAGGAAAUCCUGACGGAUCACCCCGACUCCAAGGUUUCGGCGCCGGCCGGAGAGCUCCUCAAGUUCGGGGUGCAAGCGCUGCUCUCAGCCCGACCCUAUCACAACCACCUAGCGGUGCUGAAGGCUGAGCAGGCGGCGGUGUUCAAAUUCCCCCUGGCCCCCCUGGGUUGCUCCGGCCUGGGUUCGGCCCUGUUGGCUGCAGGUUCGGGGCUGCAGGGCGGCUCGGGAUCCCCUCACCUCCCGCUGGAGCUGCACCUCCGGGGGAAGCUGGAGCCGGGACCCCCGGAGCAGGGCAGCAAAGCCAAGAAAGGGCGCCGGAGCCGCACUGUGUUCACAGAGCUGCAGCUGAUGGGGCUGGAGAAGCGCUUCGAGAAACAGAAAUACCUCUCCACGCCAGACAGAAUAGACCUGGCAGAGUCCCUGGGUCUCAGUCAACUUCAGGUGAAAACGUGGUACCAAAAUAGGCGAAUGAAAUGGAAGAAAAUAGUAUUACAAGGUGGGGGCCUUGAAUCCCCUACCAAACCUAAAGGCCGCCCGAAGAAAAACUCCAUCCCAACCAGCGAGCAACUUACAGAGCAGGAGCGAGCCAAGGAAGCAGAGAAACAAGCGGAAAGCCUAAACUCGCCCUGUGAAGUCAACCAGGAGGAAUAAAAAAGGAAAAAGAAAAAAAAAAUCAAGGAUGCCUCGUUAGCGUGGCAGACAGCACAAAGACUUACAAAGCAGCAUCGAUCAAGUGCCUUCGCUAACGAGACCUGAACAUUUAAAAGACUGGAUUAACUAUGAGAAACACACCAUCCGCAGCAGUUUGGACUGAUCCGUAGACUUGUGUGCCAUGCAUUUGUUAGGCCUCAUGCACUCCCUUCUAUUUUAAAACCUAGUUUCCACAAUGUGGAAUGAGGAGCAGGAUAACUAGACAAGGCCCGUGCAGCGUUCUGUUCCACAAGAAGAUGCAAGGUGGAAGAAGAUGGGUGACAAAUGGUUAGUGGAUUAUUAUUACCAUUUGAUUUCCGUUGUAUUUAAUAUUUGGUUGAUUCCUUUCCCUCUCUUUUUCUUCCCCGCCCCUCCCCCCCAUGUACAUAAGGAAAAACACACCCGUUUGUCUUUCUCUGUAUCGGCUUGGGAGCUCUGAGAUAGAAGAUUGUUGUAUUUUGUAUGACAACCUGAAAGGGUCAGGAGGAGAUUGUUACUGUUAUCUUAAGCCUUACUUGCUGUCUACAAUC